AUGCUCGCUGCGGGCCCGGCAGGGCGUGCGGGCGUGAGGGGCGCGGAGACCCGACCGACCCGCCGCUCCUGCGAGCGCUCCUCGCUGCUAGCGGCUCCGCUACCGCUCGGGCUCCGGAGCCACCGAGCCGGCGCUGCCGACGAGCUGACAGCGCGGGUCAUUGGCCCGCGGCCGCUGAGGGGCGGGGCGACGCGCGCGGCCGGCCAAUGGGCGCGGGCCGCCGGCUCGCGGGGGGAGGGGCGGGCGCGGGCGUCCCCAGCAGCCCCCUCCCCUCCCGUCCCUGUCGUCCGGAGUGGUCGCCCCUCCGGGGGCAGCACCUUCCCCGCCCCCAGCACUCACACUCGAGGGAGAGGAGGGGGCUGCCAACCGGCUCUCGGAGAUCUAGAGAGGCCGACGCCACCCGUUCGUAGCGAAAGAAAUGCCGAGGCGCGCACGGAACUGUGCGUGCAGCCGUGCGGUAAGCGUUCAUUGAGCACCUACUGGGUGCCGGACUCGGGCCAGGCAGCGGCGACAAGCCAGACGGGGAAAAAUAGUGAAAUCAUCGUGAAAUUUACGUUCAAAACAAACGAACUUUUUAUCCUUCUGCGAAGAACAAUGGCUCGUAAGUGCGUUUGUCGUGGGGCAACCGCAGGACCCGCGUCUGGCACCGGGCGCCCAGGACGGCUCCCACCCGGCGCGGACAAUACCCCUUUGCGAUCGGUCCCGACGGGCGCCGCCCAUGUGUGGGCCGAGCUCGGCCAGCGAAGUUCGCUGCCGGAGGAUCCAGAGAGCAGCGGAGGAAAGUGGAGAGAAACACACCUGUAA